AGACGGUAUUUUAACUGGAGCGAUACAUUUCGCGGUACAUUAUUUGCAAACUUGUUGAAGAAGCUGGAUAUCGUGCAAAUUCGAAAAAAAUCGUGAAGAUGACGACUCGAGAGGAACUCGAUUACUGCUACGAAUUCGUCUUGGAUCUCAUCAUAGAAUCUGGAAAGGUGAUACGUGAUGCUUUCCAAGAAUCUAAAAAAAUUGAAACAAAAGCUGGCGAUUGGGAUUUAGUGACGCAGUACGACCGAAAAAUCGAAGCGAUUCUAAUCGAUAAUCUAGCAAAAAGAUUUCCUACACAUAAUUUUAUCGGCGAGGAAACAGUGUCACAUUCCAAUUUUCUGCCGGAGCUUACAAACGCGCCUACGUGGAUCAUCGAUCCGAUCGACGGUACAACGAAUUUUGUACAUUCUUUCCCACACACCUGCAUAUCAAUCGCAUUAGCUGUGAAUAAGGAACUGGAGAUUGGAAUAGUUUAUAAUCCCGUUUUAGAGCAGUUGUUCACCGGCAGACGAGGCCAUGGAGCAUUCCUCAAUACAAAACCGAUCAAGAGCUCAAAUGUGGAAGAACUCGAGCAUUCCUUGCUAUGCUUGGAGGCCUCGUACGCGACUAUCGAGGAUAUUCGCGAUAUCAUCUUGGGAAGAUUGGAAGCUUUCGUCUCGAUAGCGCAUGGAAUAAGGACUAUGGGUUCGGCGGCUUUAACAUUAUGUCAUGUAGCUAUGGGAGCUGUCGAGGGUUAUCAUUCUGACAAUCUGAUGCCGUGGGACGUAGCCGCGGGUGUUCUUAUCAUCAGGGAAGCUGGCGGUGUAGUGAUAGAUACAAAUGGUGGAGAGUUCAACGUUAUGUCACCGAAAGUUUUAGCAGUUGGUAAUUACAGACUAGCGAGAGAACUCGUGAAAUUAAUAAAACACGCAGAUCUCAAAACCCACCAAAGAAGCCUGUUGUUGCAAGCAACGAAAUAAUGUUCCUACAUAUAUUAAAGACAAGUCUUGGAAUAACUAUAUCAUUUACAAGAAUAUGUUUUAUAUUUAAUAUUAUUUAAAAUUAUUGAAACAUUUAUAUAUAUAUAUAUGUAAUUGUUGUAUAAGAUAUAUUAUCGUAGUGAAUUGUGUGUAUACGUAUUAAUAUUAGAUAACUAUACUACAUAUAUAAAUUAUAAAUUAAUUGUGUAGACAAAUAUAUGUAUAUAUAUAUAUAUAUAUAUAUAUAUAUAUAUAUAUAUAUGUAUUGAAUUUAAUUGUAUAUACAAAGCAUCUUCUGGUUUAAACAUUUUCAAAUUGGACGCAUCGUGUCUAUAAAGUCAACAGAGUCUUACGUAAUUUUGUUUAUUUUCCAUUCGCUGAUAACAUUGCUAAUUCUUCUCACUAAAGUUACGAUGCACGAAUAUCUCAUUGUAAGAUACGACGUGUCAUGAUAUGAAAAUGCUAAACCUAGAAGUGAAGAUGUUCUUGACGCUUCUUAUAGUGUAUAGCAUCAAUUAUUAAAAAAAAAAAAACAAAUAAAUAAAUGAAAAAAAUGAAAAAGAAUGA